AUGGAUUACUUAAAAAAGUUUGAUGCGUUGAUCUCUGUGAAAGACGAUUCAGAGGAAAACAAAGACUUAUUGAGGGCAAAUAAAGAUCUCAAGCCAACCCCGCCGAAGGAAAGAACAUGGAGACUUUAUAAUUACAUAUUGAUCUGGUUUCAGUCUAGUUUUAAUGUGAACGAAUGGAAUACCGGUGCCUCUCUUAUUAAGACAUCCGGUCUUCCAUACGGUGAGGUCCUUGGAGCUGGAAUUUUUUCAAUAUUCUUUAGUUGUUUUGUUACUGUCCUUAAUGCACGUCAGGGAUCGGACUAUCAUAUUGGAUAUCCGGCGUUGGCAAGAUCAACAUUUGGAGUUCGUCUUGGAUAUUUUAUGGUCUUUGUUCGAAUGUUUGUCGCCAUUAUAUGGGUUGGUGUGAUGACAUAUUAUGGAUCAUUAUGUUUGGAUGUUACAUUCAGAUGUAUGUUUGGUCACAAAUGGACCGAUAUCACCAAUUAUCUUCCAGCAAGUGCCGAUACAACUACGAGAUAUAUGCUUAUAUUUUUCAUUUACUGGUGUCUACAAUUUCCUUUAAUGUUUUGUCAUCCAAAAUUUAUUCGUCACUUUUUUACGGUCAAAGCAUUCAUAAUGCCCCUUGCAACAUUAGGUCUUUUUAUUUUCUGUGUGGUUAGAGGUCACGGGCCAGGAAAAUGGGAAGUUGGAGAAAAGGAUCCUGCAACAGUUUCAAAAGGUAACUUAUGGUUGAGUGUCUUAAAUUCUAUCAUGGGUACAGUUUCUCCGAUGAUCAUCAAUCAACCAGACAUAUCCCGGUAUGCGAAGAGACCAAAGGAUACGGUUAUCCCUCAGGCAAUCGGUUAUUUACCAUCCAAAAUUAUGGUCUUUAUGUUUGGAACCGUUAGUGUGUGUUCAUUGUACAGGGCAUAUGGAGCCGCUUAUUGGAAUAUAUGGGAUCUUUUCAAUGCCAUUCUUGACAAUGAAUGGGGUCCAGGAGCAAGGACUGGAAUUUUCUUCGUUUCACUUGCUUUCGCCGUGGGAAAUGCUGGAACAAAUAUUUUCGCAAAUUCGAUUCCUUUUGCUUGCGACCUUGCUGGUAUCUUACCGAAGUAUUUCACAAUCGUGAGAGCACAGAUAUUUGUCGGUCUCUUUGCGUGGGCAAUUGUUCCAUGGAAAUUUUUACAAAAUGCACAGAAGUUCUUAACAUUUUUGGGAUCAUAUUCUAUAUUUGUGGGCCCUUUAUUGGGAUGCCUUUUGGCUGAUUUCUAUGUUUUGAGGAAGGGAAAUCUUCAUGUUCCAUCACUUUACACAAAAAAUCCGUCUGGAGUAUACUACUUUGUUAAGGGUUUCAACUUUUUGGGACUAUUCUCAUGGGCGGCUUCUGUAACGAUUGCUGUUCCGGGUCUUUACAGAGCCUACUAUCCUGAUAGUUUGUCACAGAAUGCUACCAAUAUUUAUACUUCCGGAUGGCUAUAUACUUUUCUUAUGGCGUUCUGUUUACAUUCAGUUCUAGGAUUGAUAUUUAAACCUAAGCUAUAUCCAGACGCACAUAAAGAUGAACCAAAGACCUGGGAGUAUAUGGUUCAUACAGAUGGAUUUUUUGAGGAUGAUAGUCCUAUUAAUGGCGUUGGUUAUCCGGGAACUGUUGAACUAGAAGGAUCGGAUGCAACUAACAGCUUUAUAAUGGUUGAAAAGAACGAAACAAAAACAUCAGUAAUUUCUGUUUCCACUUAA